CCAAAGCAGCUCGUGUCCCUCCAUCUCAUCCUCUCUCACCUGAUCACCUCCAUUUGCCUCCUCCUCGUGCCAGCCCGAACGUACACGCCGGACGUCGUGUGGCACCAUCACAAGACCGGUCGUCGCGCGCAGCGCCGGGGGCUUGAUCCCGAGCUGUGACUUCCUUCUCUUGUCCGGCCGAUAACCACCUCGUCGUCCGGGAGCAUCGAGACGACGGCGAACUCGAGGCCCGGCUCGUUCUCCUUCGCGAGCACGAGCUACACGGACAUGCUGGGGGGCUCCGCCGCGGCCGGCAGUGCGGCGAGCGAGGCGUCGAGGUACAGGGCCAUGACCCCGCCGUCCCUGCCGCUAUCGCCGCCGCCAGUAUCGCCGUCGUCCUACUUCAGCAUCCCCGAUGGCCUGAAUCCCGUCGACUUCCUCGACUCGUCGGUCCUCCUGACCUCCAGUAUUUUUCCCUCGCCCACGACGGGCGCAUUCGCCUCGCAGCAGUUCAGCUGGAUGACGACCCAGGGCAUGGAGCAAGGCGGCAAGGACGAGCAGAGGCAGUCGUACCCUGACUUCUCGUUCCAGACGGCACCGACGAGCGAAGAGGCCGUGCGGACGACGACGACCUUCCAGCCACCGAUUCCCCCGGCCCCACUGGGUGAAGACGCGUACAGAAGUCAGCAGCAGCAGCCAUGGGGCUACCAGCAUCAGCCAUCCAUGGACGCGGGCGCCAACCAGGCGGCCUUAGGCGCUCCGUUCCAGGCGACCUCGUCGGACCCCACGGCGAUGGUGCCGCACGUGCAUGGCAGCGGCGGGUACAGCCAGGUUCACUCGCAAAGGCGAUCGUCGGACGACGGCUACAACUGGCGCAAGUACGGGCAGAAGCAGGUGAAGGGGAGCGAGAACCCGCGCAGCUACUACAAGUGCACCUUCCCGAACUGCCCAACCAAGAAGAAGGUCGAGAGGUCGCUGGACGGCCAGAUCACGGAGAUCGUGUACAAGGGCACGCACAACCAUGCCAAGCCGCAGAACCCGCGCAGGAGCUCCGGUGCGGCGGCGCAGCUCAUGCAGAGCGGCGGCGGCGACGCGUCAGAGCAAUCGUUUGGCGGGAUGUCGGGCACGCCCGUCGCGACGCCCGAGAACUCCUCGGCGUCGUUCGGGGACGACGAGGUCGGCGUAGACUCGCCGAGGGCCGGAAACGCCUGCGGCGAAGAGUUCGACCAGGACGAGCCGGAUUCCAAGAGAUGGAGGAAAGACGGUGACGGCGAGGGGAUCUCCAUGGCUGGCAACCGGACGGUGCGCGAGCCAAGGGUUGUCGUCCAAACCAUGAGCGACAUCGACAUCCUCGAUGACGGCUACCGGUGGAGGAAGUACGGGCAGAAGGUGGUGAAGGGCAAUCCGAACCCAAGGAGCUACUACAAGUGCACCACGGCCAGUUGCCCGGUGAGGAAGCACGUGGAGCGCGCGUCACACGACCUGCGCGCCGUGAUCACAACGUACGAGGGCAAGCACAACCACGACGUGCCCGCCGCGCGCGGGAGCGCCGCGCUCUACCGCCCCGCGCCGCCGCCCGCGGACAACGCCGGGAGCAGCAGCCACCACUACCUCGCCGCGGCCAGCGUGAGGCCGCCGGCCAUGACAUACCAAGGCAGCGUUGCGGGGCAACAGUACGCCCACGGGUUCGGUAGCCAGGACUCGUUCGGCCUCAGCGGCGCACCGGCACAGAGCGCCGCGGGUGGCAGCUUCGCGUUCUCCGGUUUCGACAACCCGAUGGGGUCGUACAUGAACCAGCACCAGCACCAGCAGAGGCAGAACGACGCCAUGCACGCGUCGAGGGCCGAGGAGCCGAGCGAGGACGUGUUUUUUCAGCACUCGAUGCUGUACUCUGACUGAAGAACCGCAGACAGAAAUUGCAGAAAAUGGCAAGACAUGGCACGAUGUCCAUAUAGCAGUUUCUUCUCACAGGUUGUUGUGAUCUAGGGGAGUUGUAUCUAGGAUAGACUUAGACACAUUUCUUUAUUUGUUCGGGGGGCCAAUGUUUGCACAUGGUUGCCAAAAGGCCUUCCUUAACACGUGGAUAGGAAAGAAAGGAUGUAGUAGGAUACUAGGAUACAGGGCAAGUUAGAAAAGGGUUUCAGCAAUUUUGCUCUGUAAUUUUAUUUCACAUGGAAAUGUUGUAUUCAAAAUUGAAUUGAUUUUUACAUCACAAAGCAUUGUUCAAGAUUCAUAUU